AAUUUAGUUAUUUAAGUUAUGCUCUAGGAAUGUGAAGGCGGGGACAGGACCGGCACAAUGUCGGACACAUAACUAAGAUGGGGUGCAGUAUAAACGGUAAGGCUAUCGCAGCGUUUGCGACCUUUUGCACGGUUCUGGUGUAUUUAGCAGUGGGAGCAGCUAUAUUCCAGGCUAUAGAGGAGAGCCAUGAGAACGAGCAGAGGAAAAACUACGAGCAGGAGCUGCACGACUUGUUAGCUGAUGUAGACGAGGAUUUCCACGACGAGCUGAAAGCACCGUGUCACAUGGUGGAAGUAUUGCAGGCCACUCCCAAUAUCACUAACUCGUGGACCUUCGCUCCAACUGUUAUAUUCUGUCUUACUGUCGUCACUACUAUAGGAUACGGGUAUAUGUACCCAGUUACAGACGAGGGACGAGGAUUCUGUAUCUUCUUUGCUCUGAUAGGAAUCCCACUGUUCAUGGCUUGUCUAGCGGUUUACGCUCAACACACUGCUAACUUUAUUAGAUGGGUGUGCAAGAAGCUUAGAAAGGUGUUGGGAGGAAAAGAUGAGGAAAAUGAAAAGGUUCAACAAAUAGUGACCUUACUAUUCUGUAUAAUAGUGAUCUUAACAUUCUCCGCAUACCUAUCGUACAAGGAGAACUGGCCUUACUUUGAUGCCAUCUACUUUACUUUCAUCUCUUUCACUACCAUCGGAUUCGGAGAUCUGUACCCCGAAUCUACGGAUACCCUAUUCUACUUUCUCUUUGUUUUCUUCAUUAUACUGGGACUCAUAUCUCUUGGUACUGUGAUAGAGGCUCAGACUUCAAACUUCAGUACCUUCCUAAACUUCAUCAGCAGCACGUGCGAAUGCUUGUGUGGGAAAUGUGUCACUGUGGAGAACGAUGCUGUCAACGACGCUGACGAGCUGAGAAACGAUAAGAAAGACGCUACAGUAUAAGACCUUGUUACCAUGGUAACACACACUUGGUAACUGGUAACAUAAACUUGGUAACUGGUAACACACACUUGGUAACUGGUAACAUAAACUUGGUAACUGGUAACAAAAACUUGUCAUCAUGGUAACAUACACUUGUCACCAUGGUAACACACAAUUGGUAACUGGUAACACACACUUACUCACUUAGUAACACAUUCCUCACUGUAGAUAAGAGACACAGAACGCUGUUCUAUAGUUCUAUGGGACUACACCCUAUUGUACUACAUAUCUGAUAUUAAAUUAUAGAUCACCCUACUGUUAAUGGAAUACUGGAAAAUAUAAAAAUAGGAAGAAGUCGAGUAGACCAACGCUAUCUUAUAUUUUGACGUUUUAUUCAAUUAAAGAAUCAACCCCGAUAAUGCUUAUGACAGUUUUAAUUGUCUCAAUUCCACAAUUUUAGAGAUUGAUCACCGCUCUCUCUCCGCUGUGACUCUGUGAGGACAUGUUUUAUAAAAUGUUGUUAUCAUGUUGAAGUAGGAGUUAACAUAAUGUACAAACGACAUAAAUACAAUGCUGCAUUACACAGUAAAGCACUUUAAUUGUGCAGUGUGCUUAUCUCCGUUACUGCACCAUGGUGUCAAAAUGCUGUUAGAAUGACUACCAUGAUGUUUCUAUAGUGAAGUUUGUAGAAGUAAUAUGGGUGAAAUGGCUAGACAUAAAAAAUGAUGACCGUUUAUUUUUGUUGAUAUUCUGCAGUUUUCGGUUUAGAAUUUAGUUGCAAGAUUAAUUCAGUUGUGAUUACCUGAAAAAGAUUUGAUCAAUAUUAUAUCACCGGUGUAUUGUUUUGCCAAAUUACUGCUUAAAGUUUGGCUUAAAUUUUUCAAGAAAAAGUGCUGUUUCUUUGUUUUGUCCUAAAUAUAGCAGUAUUUGUAAAUAACUAUUGAUAAUCGUUAGUUGUACCGUUCAAUUGGAAUUUGAUGAUUUGUGAAACAUACGAUA